CUCCCCUCUCCUCCCCGGUUCCCAGCUGCGUUUGCUUCCGACGGCGUUCUUGGUUUGGGACUGUGCCGACUAGCGGUGGCACAGUGGAAUGGACAGUUCUAAUGCUAAUGGCUCGCAGUCGCGUCACAAGCAAGAGGAUGUGGAACCCGAUUCCAAGAGCAGCAAGGGCGACAUCAGGCCGGUGGUCAGGACGUUGAACCGGGUCCCUCGUGCAUGCAAUGCCUGUCGAAAACAGAAGAUGCGUUGCGAAGGCGCAGAGAAUCCGCCGUGCAAACGGUGUAGGCAUGCGGGAUUGGAAUGUCUAUUUGAGAAACCGUCACGAGAAGCCAGUCUUACCGGGGAAGCUGGCCUAGAACGUAUCCGGAGUCUUGAAGCACAUGUGGCAGACAUCAGACAGUCGCAGGCCGCGAUUCAGAAUACAUUGGCCGAGAUCGCUGCUCAUCUUCGUGGCGGACCUUUGGGCCAUUCAUCACCUACACCCCUCCCGCAGCAGCCAUAUGGGCCUCAUUCCCCCGCGAUGUACGCACAGACGGGGAAUGUACCAACGCCAACACCUGUGGCUACUGCGCCGCAACGUUCUCUAGUGAUUGACACGGUUGCGGCUAUGUCAGGACCUGUGCCCGGCUCCGCAAGCAAUGGUGUAAUUCCUGGUGGACCUCCCCAUGCUUUCGCAAGUCCGGCUGUUUCUGGAACUGGGGCACCGCGUACACCAAGCAAUGUGCAGCAACCACUCUCGCAGCCUUCACAAUACAACCCUGUUGGGCCAAGUUACAAUACCGGUGGCACUCCUGCGCCUACUCUGCCUCCGAUCUCGAGCAUGCCCACAAUGGGGGGUCCGUCGCAGCCCAUAUCCUCCAUCCGGUAUGGCGACGGGAGGUCACAAACAAGGCAAAUUCACGGCUCGCACCUUCUUUCCAACCUUAAGCGCCCUGGGUUGCCGAGCUCGAAUCUAGCCAGCGCCGAUUCUACUGAUGCGGAGGAUGACGAGAAUGGCGAUCUCCCAGCGUCAGGUCUUGUGGCCCCAUGGGAAGUGCUGAGGGGUUUAGCAAACGUAGCGGUUGAGCAAGCGGCUAAGGAGGGUAACACCAGCAGUGAGCCCGUGAGCCGGGCUAGGACCCCGGAACCCGACCCUCGACAGUCCAGGCCUGUGAAACGGAGGAAAACCUAUCAUAAGGUGCAGCGUACUCCAACAUUCCCUGAUGUCGUCACAAAGCAAAUCAUUACUGAAGCUGAAGCCCGCGAGCUAUUCAGGAUAUUUUACCAUGGAUGCUCCACCUUCCUUCCUGUCUUUGACGCCAACGUAGAUACUUACGAUUCAUUGCACGAACGCUCUCCUUUUGCUGUGGACUGCAUAUGUAUGGUAGCUGCACUCGUCCGUGAUGGCGGAGGUACACCGAGCGACAUUUUCUUGAAAUGUCAAGAGGAGGUGCAUACAAUCUCUCAGGCCACAUUAUUUCUGCCUGUGACCCGGCAGGAACCGGUCCGCGCCAUGAUACUUGUAUCUGGAUGGUCUGAAAAUGGAUGGUUAAGUGGCGGACAUGCAGUCCGCAUGGCUAUGGAAUUAUCUAUGCAUAAGGCUUGGCCUAAACUCUUGAGGCGCAUGCAAUCGGGCAAACACGGAACCGGCCCCGAGGAUCGCGAACUGAUCAUUUGCGCGCGAACUUGGUUCUGCCUAUAUUUAUUCGAACAUCAGAUGUCAUACGGAACAGGUCGACCAGCGAUACUUCGGGAUGACGAGAGUAUCUGGCAAUGCCGGCUGCUCUUGACUCAUCCCCUGUCAAUCGAAGAUGACAUGCGUCUGGUUUCAACCGUUGAAUUGAUGGCGAUACGCGAAAGAGUACAUGGCAAGCUUUCUCCGUUGGAUCGAGCGAUAGACGAUUAUACUUUCAAUGUCUUACGUGAGGCCGACGCAGAAUUCCAGACUUGGUAUUCCAACUGGGAUGCAGCCUUCUCCCAAAAGUAUGAGAAUGCAGCUUUCUAUCGCCAGAGUCUGCAGAUUCAGCAUAUCCAUGCGGAACUGUUCCAUAAUUCCAUUGCGCUCAGGAACAUCAACGGUCCCAGGGACGUUCAGAACAUGCCUCCGGCACAACGGGAACUUGCUCUUCGGACUAUCCGGAUAGCUUCUCGAGGAUUGGACAUCACAGUCAAUUCACCUGCAUAUAGGGAGGGAAUGAAAUAUGCCGUUCACUACACGCAAGCUACCGCCACAUUUACCGCUUCCUUCCUCUUGCGUUUAGCCCGGCUAUUUCCGGAUGAUUGCGACAUUCAGCAUAUCCGGAAUCAGGUGGGGCAGCUCGCGGCGCUCAUGUCAGAGAUCCCGGGCAAGAGAUAUGCCUUAACCCUAAAGCUAAUGUUGAAACGCUCCAAGAAGAGACACGCAAGCUCCCAAUCUCGGUCUCCGAAGAUGGCCCGGGACCCGCACCAUCCUUCGCAAUCCAUUGAACAGACCGUUGGCCAUAUCCCUCACGAUUUGAACCAGCAGCCCUUCUCUCCGACGUACGAGACAUCAUUCUCUAGCCCUGAGGGAUUGCAUCCGCCGCAUAUACCUGGUCCUCCCAUGCAUCAUUACUCUGCCGAUGCUGCAAACAUCGACCAUAUAUGGCGCGGUUUCGAAAUGACGUCUAAUGAACAGCUACCUGUUUGGUUAUCUGACCAGAAUCUUGGCGGUGCAUCUUUCACCCAGAAUGGAAUGGAUGCCUUCCUCCUACCAACCGACUUCCUCCCACCUGCCCCGCAAGUCUGGUGAUGUAAAUUGAUUCUUAUACCCUCCACUCUCGCGGCUUUCUCCCAUGCAUUAUCUAGUGUCUUGUAUCUCACCUCCCAGUUGACUCGCAGCGCCCGUGUAUCUUUCUGGUAUGACGGCAAUGUCUUUCCUAUAGCAUGUUGUAUCAAAUGGAUGACAGUGUAUGAUUUUUGGUUCACAUGUAUCAUGGGGCCUUAGGCCAGAGACAAGCCUCCUC